GGUCACGCAUAGGUAGGUAGGUAGGUAGGAGAUGACCUGUUGCCAGCACACGAGAGCAGAUUCUUGAUGGGGGGCUUCUAGUACUACUCACACGGGGAUCAGAUGCGCUGCAGGUCCCCAUGCAAUUGAAAGCUAGGUAGUAAAAGGGCGCCAAUUGUGCUUUGUAGCUGUAGCUCUGCAUGCAGGUCUAGCGUUGAAUUGCUUUUCAAUCCAGAGCCGCAUUUUCCCUCUCGUCCAGCUGGCGGUGAGUUUCCGCUAUGCACCACUGAGUUCUUGAAGCUUCUCACUAGCAAAGCCCAAAGCAAUUACCUUUUGAGAGUCUUUCUCAGGGGCCAAGCAUCUGAAGCAUAGCGGCCCAGUCAUCAUCAUGGCCCGCAUUCUCCUUGCAGUCCUAGUCAGCUCAUUGCUGCUGCUGCUGACGUCAGCGGCCGCCAACAAGCUUCCGUGGGUGUGCGAGUCGCACUCCUUCCAUGUGUGGACCAACUUCUCCAAGCCCGGCCCGGGGCCCCGUCACAGCGCCUUCCCUGACCCGGGGAUCCACGUGAUGCCGUCGGGGGAGGAAGCUGUCGGAGAUGAGCUGGUCUUCAACAACAAUCUGUACGAUUACGAGGACCGCACGACGGUGGUCGGAUACGUCCAAGGCCACUGCAUCCGGACAGUUCUCGCGGGCGCCGGAUCUGACCACAAACCCGAAUUUGAGUGCUACCAAACCUUUGUCUUCAAUGACAAGAGCAUGAUUGCCACGCAAGGUCCGGUUUACGAUGACCAGAAAAUAAACUACCCGAACAUCAUCACGGGUGGGAUCGGGCGGUAUUACGGUGCUCGGGGCGUGGCGCACUUCGGGGACGAUCCUGACGCCCAGUUUGAUGAGAUCAACAGCUUUGACCUGGUCGCAUGCGCUGAGGCGCAAAUUUAGUCACAGCCAUCUGUUGUUUGCUGAGUGCUUUUACAAAAGGGUCUGGGUCGCCCUAGCAAGGUUUCUAGAAUAAGUAAGCGGGACGUCUCAGCAUGCGAAGCCGUACUUUAGACAGAAUAUAGCCUGUUCUGCAUCUUUCACCGCAUGCUGUGAGUGUACGAUAUCUUUGGAGUGCUAUACGUUGAGAACACAUAAAACGCCAUCCAUCACUCAAGCACAGUAGAGGUUUCCGAAAUCAUAGUACAUACUACUAGUCUACGGUAGACGGCCUGCUGGAUAACCGUCACAAAGAUCAACUAGCCCCCGCACUGAAAUGUAGGUUGUAGAUACCAAGGGCUGUGCAAUGAUUGUAGAGGACGUAAAACGAGCUGGUCGGAAACAGGCCCGUACAUACGUCCCCAAGUAUAGUGCGCCGGCAAACAAUUUUGACGCGAUUGAGAGCUUUGACUAGUUGAGGAAGCUAAGUUUCCAUUAGAGAACAUUGUAACCGUGGUUUAUUGGUGAGAAUGUGUUGUCAAGACGGCCGCCAAGUUAAUCUGAAUGAUUUUGCACAU